UGCAUUUUCUUUCAUCCUCCUAGCUCCCACGGUCCAGGACAUCAAACAGAAACAGUCCAUCUUCUCUCCUCUCCGACUUUUCUUAUCGUCUUCAACAUUUAAUCUUUAAUCUUCUUUGGGAUUAGGAUUUUAGUAGUUGUUGCUGGCUUGCAGCGGCAACCUUAUUAGGCGGCGGCGAAGAGUUGGCUACUGCAACUACCAUCUUGAGCGGGGAUUUCUUGCAGCGGCAACCUUAAAACUGUGUCGAAGACUUGAAGCUAUCCUGUGGUUGAUACUCAGGUUGCAGCUGAAACCUUCUGGUUAAUGUUGCAGAGGAGAUUUUUUGAAGAGGAAUUUCUUUGUUGAGAUUUCAAAAUGCCCCAUGUUACUUUCUCCAGAGUCUAGAAAAACAGCCGAUUCAACAUGUCUUACUGAAUUAUUGUGAAUCUGUAAGAGAGGGGUUUUCAGAGAAGUUAAUCAGCUUUGGAUCUUUUGACAAAGAGGGUGGUUUUCAAUCUGCAAAGAGGGGGGUUGUUUAGAGAAAGCACAACGGAGGGAUUUUUCAGUCUGUAACAAAGAGGAUUUUUGGUUUGUAACGGACCGAAUCGUUUGAACCAAACGGUUGAACCGCUGACUUGGAAACCGGAGGCCAAAGCGGUUUUGGUUCGGGACCUUCGGGCAAAGGCAGCACUUCUGAAACCAAGAUAGCGCAAUGGUUUUUCAACAGUCUUCGGCACAUUUGGUUUCUUCUUAAUUUUGAUAUGUUUCUACAUUUGGUUUCAGGGCUUCUUUUUGUUAUUUUGUUCUCUCACGAUGUUCGAAGGAUUGGUACGUCAGUUGCUGCUAGGUUAUCUCGGUCGAUAUGUUAAAGAUAUUCAUAAGGAGCAGCUCAAGAUCGGAUUAUGGAAUGGAGAAGUUCUAUUGGAGAAUGUAGAGCUAAUUCUUGAAGCUUUUGACUACCUACAAUUGCCUUUUGCACUAAAACAAGGCCAUGUUGGGAGAUUAAGCAUCAAAAUUCCAUGGAAAAAACUUGGUUGGGAUCCUAUAAUAAUCGUGUUAGAGGAUGUUUUCAUGUCUGCCUGCAGAAGAGAUGAUAAUGAGUGGAGUUUAGAUUCAGUUGAAAGAAGAGAAUAUGCAGGCAAGAAGGCCAAACUUGCCACAGCAGAGCUAGCAAAAUUAUCAAGACGUGUAUGUGAUAAUCAGGCUGGACAGUCGUUCAUUUCAUACAUUACUGCAAAGAUACUUGAAGGCAUACAGGUCUCCAUAAAAAAUGUUCAUGUUGUAUAUGUUGAUGAGCAAAGUGACUCGGCACGGUCCUUAUUUGGCUUAAGGUUUUCCAGUUUGACUGUAACGAAGCAGAAUUCUGUUGGGUUAUCAGGUGUGAAACUUAGAGGUGGCCAAGUGAACAAGAUUGUGGAGAUCUCAAGUUUGGGGAUCUAUUGUAGCACUUCUCUGGGAACUCUGAACAUUGAUGAUGAUAAUGGCAAUGACUCCCAAUUCUGUAAUGCGAGAUUUGAAUGUGGCUUAAGUGAUUAUAUACUUGCACCAUUUGAUGUUGCUGUAUCUCUUGUGGUAAACAGAUCUGGGAAGGUUGAGAAUGGCAUACCACAAUAUUCUGUUAGGGCUGAAAUAAAUGCUCUGGUGAUGUCAUUGAAUGAGGUUCAGAUGCAGCGAAUCUUAAUUGUUUGGGAUUAUUUAUGCAUCUGUCAGUUGAGAAAGAAAUAUGGGCGUUACCGGCCUUGGUGUAGUCCUUUAUCAAGGAAAUUAAAGGGGUGGCAAAAGCUGUGGUGGCAUUAUGCACAAGAAUCUGUAUUGUCAGAUGUUCAUAGCAGGUUGAGGAAGACAUCUUGGAGAUACUUUGGUUGGCGGAUAAGUUAUUGCCGCAAGUAUGUAAACUUAUAUAAAACUAAACUGAAUUUUCUCCGACAAGAACUGCCUGUAGAUGAAAUUACUCUUCUGGAACUGGAGCGGAUGGAGAAAGAAUGUGAUGUUGAUGAUAUCCUGAGAUACAGAUCCAUCGCAGAAUGUGAGUUGCAGGAGUCUCUGUUGAACUCUGCAUCUUCCAAUAUGGGAACAAUUGGUACCAAUGUUUCCAUGGAAAAGCAGCAGAAUGAUGAAUGCUUAUUGAGCAGGUCCCGUGGAUGGCUCAAUUGGUUAUCCCUUGGCGUGCUAGGUGCUGGAGGGACAGCAGAUUCCAGUCAAUUUUCUGGUGUUGUUUCAGAUGAAGUAAUUAAGGAUAUUUAUGAGGCAACAAAAUUUCAUCUAUUGCCUUCAGUUGAUGGUGAUGCCUCUGGUGGAGAUAAAACCUAUGUGUCUAAUAUCAAGUUCAACAUUCAUCAAAUUAAUGCAACAAUUGGAAAAAAGGGGUUUGAGAAGGAAUCUGUUCAUUUUUCUUUUGGUGGAAUAAAAAUUAAAUGUAAUCAUUGGGAAGAAUCGGCAACUAUUCAUGGCAAGUUCAGCUCGCUGGAAAUAAUUGACCCAUGUACAAAGAACACCAUUUUAGUUGGCAGGAAGGUAGUCAGUGAGGAAGCUUCUGUGGAGUAUGUUACUCCCUUUAUGCAUGUCCAAGUUGAUAUGUCUUUGAUGGAUCAUGACAGUGAACUGGGAAUAAAGGUUGUUCUUCAACCAUUUGAGAUGACCUAUGAUUCAGAGUUUAUAUUGAAUCUCCUUGAUUUUCAUCAUAUUUUGCAGUCUUUCCAAUUUCAGCAUGAACGGGUGCUCUCAUCUCUAAAUGGGUUUGAGAAAUUUGAAAGACGAAUACUAUUGAAAUCUCAAUAUGUUCUCUUAAACCGCAAAAGAAUGACAUGGGAUGUCAAUUUCAAAAAUGUCAUCAUAUGCUUUCCAUGGAGAAAUGAUUAUUUUGGAUCAUCCACCACAGUUUUUGGACUUGGUGCUGUCAUGUUAAGAUCAAGACUUCUGGCGGGUUCGAUUUCAGACAGUGUAGACCAAGAUGGAAAUUUGUUCAAAAGUUUAUCUUCAACAAGUGACAAAUCAUUUGAUGUCCAAAUUCAUGAUAUCUAUGACCACUUUGAAAUUUUGUUGAACAAUUUUGAGGUGAAGAUAGUUCUGGCAGAUCGUUGCCAAGAAGUCUCCCUUUUUGAGAGAGCUAACACUUCCAUUAUCUUGGAAUCUUGCAUUAUUCCUGAUGAGUCAGCCUUGAAACAGUUACAGGUUAAGUUUUUGGUGUCAUCACUUAAUAUACAUUUCUCACCAUUAAUAUAUGGUGUGGUUUUGGGUUUUCUUGCUUGUUUGGAUCUCCCUGAACAAAAAUCACAGAUGAUGAUAGCACGAAGGCCCGAUAUCCUUGAUGUGAAGUCAGGAAAACAAAGGAAUGCUGAUGUUUAUCAAUUCUCUGUUGCUGCUAAUUUUGAGCUGGUUACUUUCCUUGUCGGCAUGUCAGAUAAUGUAGAAAAUAAUUUGGUCCUCAAGUUUGCUUUAGGGGAAUUGGAGAUUCAGUAUGUUGUUGAACAUUUUAUUGAAGAGUGCACUGUCUUUAUGAAAACACUUAACAUCAUUACAUCUGCAAUAAACAGUGAGGGCAGUAGCCAGAUUUUGUGCUCGUCCAGGAAUACAUCUUCUGCCAACCAAGCGCAUUACAAUGACAUGGAUGUUACACAUAGCAAUGCAAGUGGUAUUCUUUGUGAGCAAGAUGUCUCAUCCAAUAAAUGUUUUCUUUUACAUUAUGAAGCUCAAAGAAGUUUGGGCACGGUUUAUCACAGGUUGACAAUAUGCUUCAGUGAUGUUGAUCUACACUGCUAUCCUAAUAUUUUCGGGCCGCUGCUUGCAUUUUGUGAUAGAUUAUCUGAAUAUGGUACUUCAUCUGGUUCUUCUGGACAAAACUCCUUUGGCCCCUAUCAGGAAGUUAAAGAUGACCUCCUAAUGUCUGUCUUUGAACUCCAGAGGUUUGGAUUUUCAAAUUUCUGUGAAUCUGAACUUGCGGCAUCUCCAGGCAUUCCUUUGGAUCAUUUUCCAUUUGUAACAGUUAGAAAUUCUGAUCCUCUCUGCAACACAGAGAUGUCUCGAGUUUGUAGCAUUGUGAGAGAUAAAAAAUAUGUCAGACGACCAAAGUUCAGAAUAAGAAAGAAGUCUAAAAUUUGUCUCAUACCAAAAGUUGUGUAUCCUUCCAUUGGUCAUGAAAUUACCACAUCUGGGAUUUCUAGUGGUACUGGUUUGUUUGCUGUUGAUUUGGAACUUAAUGGAAUCAGAGUACAUUUUCACGAUUCUUCUUGUAUUCUAUGUACUAUUACAUUGCCUGUCUCUAAAUCUUUACUUUUUUUUCAUGGGAUUGAUUGUUGGGAUAUAUUAUGUUCUGUGGAGGGUUUAGUUCUUUCUUCAUCCUGGUGUAACCAAAAUUUCCGUGAGGUUGUGUGGGAUUCAUCAUUGCCAAAUAUUUCAUCUGUUCUUAAUAUUCGUUUAAAAAAAGUCAAUGCCAGGGCUUUGUCUGAUAUUAAAAUAAGCAUCAGCAUUCAGCAUGUAUGCUGUGUUUUAAUGUCUGAAUUUCUGGCCAUGUUAAUUGGUUACUUUUCUUUGCCUGACUGGAGUUCAGCUGGAAAUACAAGGGGUGCCACUGAAAAUGUCAACUUCAAAAUAGAAAGCAAAAUUUGUAGAAUGAUAUGCAAGUUUGAAAUACUUGGCUCCACAUUAAUUUUACCUUUGGAAAGUAAUGUUCACCACUCUCUACAACUUGAACUUCAACAGCUGUACUGCACUUUUAUCCCAAGGAGCAGUUCUGAAGAUGGUAUUAAGAAUAUUCCUCAAGAGUGUUUGGCUUCUACAGAUAAAAUUGCAGACAGAGUCCAUCUUCUUAAUGCAUUUGGACAGGAUUUAUCUUUAUCACUGCUACUAAUUGAGGAUGAACGGCAUGUUUCUCCAGAACUUUGUGAAGAUGGAAACCUAAGAAAAUGUCUCCUAAUUAAAUCACUUGAUGGUGAUUUGUGGAUUAGAAUACCUUGUGUAAGUACAACAUCACCUGAGCAAUGUGCUGUUCCAGUAUGUGUAAUGACCAAGAUUCACAGUUGUCAACUUAUUGCUGAAGAUUGUUACUUGUUCUAUGGAAUCGAAGCACUUCUAAACAUGACAAAUCAGAUAUCUGCAGUUGGUACAGAAUCUGAAUGUUUCACGUAUAGUGUAUUGCAGUUUUUGCAGACCAAGAAGAGUUUAAAAGAGCAGAGUGCAGUUAUAAUUGACCGUUCAAAUGUGACAUUCGUGGAUAUUCGAUGUUGUAUCAAUUCACUAUCAGUACAAUUAUGUCGCUCUAGGGGUCGGGACUCUUUCUCGUCAGAGCUGGUUGCCAAAGCAGAUAUGCAACUAACAUUCUCUGCCUCAUUUAGAAAUGGGGUUCCCUUGUCCUUUGAUAUUGAUUUCUCUGAUCUUAUACUCUACUCAUUCCAUAGUUCUGUUAUCUUAGUGAAAUGCACUUCAUCUGGUUCAUUUUAUUCUGGUCUUGACAUCCAUUUCUCCAACUCUGACCAAGGUGAAAAUGUGCUUGUAGUUGGUCUGCCUUCUCUUGACAUUUGGUUACACUCAUCAGAUUGGAGUGAAGUCACUGCCUUUCUCUGUUCAUUAGCUGCACACCAUACUGGAGCUUCAAACAUGAUGAAAUCAUCAGAGAAUCUAAAUUUAGACUCUUCGGAAUUAGUACAAAAUGAAACACUAACCAUGCUGCGGGAUCCUAUUGAUCUUAUUGUGAAAUCUGUGAACAUGGGCUUAUCAAUUCAUUUUCCUCUAUGGGUCAAGGAAAAGGUACCGAGUAGAUCUGAGAAAGCUGAAGUCCAACAGGAGAUUUAUCGAACCUUGUCUUCUAAUAUACCUGGAGAAAGAACAUCAUUUCAAGCAGGAUAUUGUAAAUAUCUAGCAGUUACUCUGCACAGUAGAAAGAGCCAAUUUGUUAUAAGUGGUGGACAUGUAAAAUUGGACUUUAAUGUGGAUAAGAUGAAUGGAAUUCUUGAGACAAUGGAGAGAAAAGAAGUUUUCUCUUCAUCUCUCUUCCAGUUAUGCCAAGUUAAUGUGGCAGCAGAAAUAAAUUAUAUGCAGCCAGGCAUUAUGCAUGCCAACUUUGAGGUUCAAAUGGAAAGUUUAGUUGUGUGGUUAUCAUAUCAAAUGUUCUACUUCUGCCAUGAUAUUGAAUUUAAAAUUUCUGAUGGACGCACUUCUGAAUUUUCAUUUGGUAAUUUUGUUCUUGACAUGCAUCUUAGGAAGGCUUCUCUUCUUCUGACUGAUGGAAGGAGUUGUAAUGCACCACUCUUGGUGAUUGUCAUAAGGAGCAUGCAUUUGCAUGCUAACAUAACUCAAAACAAUUUUAUGGCUGUACUUUCAAGCGACCUUGUAGUGAACUACAACAACAUUCAAAAGGUUAUGUGGGAGCCAUUCAUGGAACCAUGGAAUUUUCAGUUAAGCAUCAUGAGAAAAGUUGAAAAAAGUGCUCUUAUGAACACCUCUAUCAUUACAGAUAUCCAAAUGAAGUCUUUGGCACAACUUAAUUUGAAUUUUACGGAAUCCCUUUUUGAGGUCUUUUGCAGGGGAAAAGAGAUGAUUGAGGAUGCUUGGAAUCAAGCUGGGCCAAAUGAUUAUUCUGAAGGACAGGGUUUCUUAGAACAUCAAACAAUUGACAAUGUAUAUACAAGAAAAUAUGCCCCCUAUGUGCUUCAAAAUGAGACUUCCUUGCCUUUAUCUUUCCAAGUCUAUUUUGGGAGUGUUACUGAAACUGAUUUUGAUGUUCUGCCAAAGGAAGAAAGAAACAUUGUUCAACCAGGAACUUCUGUUCCUAUUUAUAUUGAUGAAAGUCCUGAGGAGCAGAUAUUUGGGGAUGGGCCAGGCCAUUCUUCUGACAGGUUAGGUGAAAAAAAAUCAACUGGGGUGUUGCAUCACUUGAUUUCCAUUCAACUUCACGGGACAUCACGUCCUUCUCCACCUAUUUCAAUGGACAUUGUUGGACUCAGAUACUUUGAAGUAGAUUUUUGUAAUGCUUCAGACAAAAUAGAGAUAAACAAAAGUGAAGGUGCUUCAAUUUACAGUAGAAAGGUUGAAGAGAAAAAUAGAAUAGAUCCUACCACUGGAUUUCUUGUUCCUGUGGUGUUUGAUGUUUCAAUACAGCGCUAUAGCAAGUUAGUACGUUUGUACUCAACGGUUGAACUUUCAAAUGCGACAACUAUGCCACUGGAGCUACGGUUUGAUAUUCCAUUUGGUGUUUCUCCCAAGGUCCUGGAUCCAAUCUAUCCUGGUCAACAGUUUGCACUUCCUUUGCAUUUAGCUGAAUCUGGUCGCAUCAGGUGGCGUCCAGUUGGGAAUGGUUACCUGUGGAGUGAAGCACACCAGCUGUCAGAUAUUCUUUCACAAGAAAAUAGACUUGGAUAUUUGCGGUCUUUUGUCUGCUAUCCAUCUCAUCCUAGUAGUGAUCCAUUCCGCUGUUGCUUAUCAAUCCAAGAUGUCAGUCUUACUUCAUCCAUUGAGACAAAGAAGGGUCCAUUACUUCAUUUCAAAGAGGCUUCUGGGAGGCAACCAGUUAAAAGUGGAGGUCAAACAGUAAAUCAUCCACAUAAGUCUGAGAAACGAUUUCUUCACCAAGUGACCUUAACUGCACCAUUAUUGGUGAAAAAUUAUUUACCCAGGGCAUUAUCCAUGACAAUAGAAAGUGGUGGAGUUGCCCGUACAGUAUUACUUUCAGAGGUCAAGACUGUCUCUCUUUUUCAUAUUGACUCUACCCAUGAUCUUGGAAUAGUUUUCCAUAUGGAUGAAUUCAUGUCAGCUACUUCAAAGUUCCCACGAGCAGAAAAGUUUACAGAACUGGCUAAGUUCAAUGAAAACAAGUUAUCAUCGUCUGAAACAUUAGCCUUCUACCCUAGUUUAUCUAAUGGUGUUAUAUAUGUUAUGGUAGAGAAGGUGAUGGAUGCAUGCUCUGGUGCUCGGGAAAUUUGCAUCUCUGUUCCAUUUUUGCUGUAUAAUUUUACUGGCCUGCCACUUAUUGUUACAGAUUCUGCAAAUGAAAUGAAAGGAAAUAUCCUGAAUAUUCCAUCCUGUUACUAUUUCAUUGAUCAAGAACAACUUCUAGCUAGGAAACAAGGCAUAGGCUUUGUCUCUUCUGAGCAGGAUUCAUAUGCUACAUCACCAACCAUUGGCAAUUUGAACAAUUCUCUUUUAAAAAAUAAUGCCAUCUCAUUGAGACAGUAUAACAGGUUUCCAUGCAAAGAUUUCAUACCGUGGCAUUCUCCUAUUACUUCUCAUCAGCAUAUUGAAAACCGUGAUUUGCUUGCUCGAGAAGCAGCUCCAAAUAGCUUAAAGAACAUACUUGAUACAACUAGUGAGCUUAGUGUGCACAGUUCUGGUAGUGAAAACACCAGUAGAAAGAUUCAGGCAUGCAUGUAUUCUCCUCACCCCAGUACUGCAGCAAGUGAACUUAUGGUUAGACUCAGUACAUCCUUUCCUGAAUCUCUUAAUGAAAAUAUCCAAAGUUCUUCUUGGUCUAGUCCGUUUUUUCUUGUCCCAAGUGGUUCUACUAGUGUGCUAGUUCCUCAACCAUCUACAACUGGAGCAUUCAUAAUAUCUGUGACAUCAGGUCCAGUUGCUGGACCAGUGUCUGCAAGUACUAGAGCCAUCACUUUCCAACCAAGAUAUGUGAUUAGUAAUGCAUGUCAAAAGAACAUUUCUUUCAAGCAGAAAGGAACUGAUCUUGUUUCCCACCUGGUCACUGGACAACAUUCUCAUCUUCAUUGGGCUGAUACAACAAGGGACUUGCUUAUCUCAAUACGUUUUAAUGAACCUGGAUGGUUAUGGUCAGGCAGCUUCCUUCCUGAUCAUCUUGGUGAUACUCAGUUGAAAAUGCGUAAUGUCUCUGGUGCAUUAAGUACAAUACGGGUUGAAGUGCAGGAUGCUGAUGUUUCCAUUAUCAAAGAUAAAAGGACUGUUGACAGCUCACAUGGAAUGUCAGGGACAUACUUGAUUCUUCUCUCUGAUGACAAUACUGGCUUUAUGCCAUACAGAGUUGACAAUUUCUCAAAGGAGAGGUUACGGAUUUACCAACAAAAGUGUGAAACCUUUGAGACUAUGGUUCAUUCUUACACUUCAUGUCCAUAUGCUUGGGAUGAACCUUGCUAUCCUCAUCGUCUUGUUGUUGAGGUUCCUGGUGAGCGAAUCCUGGGUUCAUUCAUUCUCGAUCAUGUAAAGGAGUACACACCUAUAUGCUUACCUUCAACAACAGAGAAGACUGAAAGAAGAUUUUUUCUCUCUAUCCAUGCUGAAGGAGCGGUUAAGGUACUCAGUGUCAUCGAUUCAAGUCUUCAUUUUUUGAAAGAUAUGAAGGAAACUCAAUUUCCUGGCUUCAAAAACAAAAGAAAUCCUGAUCAGGAGGGGCCAGCAUCCUCUGAUUACAGAGAGAGGAUUGUGGUUCACUUGUCAUUUAUUGGGAUUUCUCUGAUUAACUCUUACCCACAGGAAUUGCUUUUUGCAUCCGCUAAGGACACCAAGAUAGAAGUUCUCCAAAAUGUGCAUCAGCAAAAGUUUUCUUUUCAAAUUUCUUCUUUGCAAAUUGAUAACCAAUUGCACAAUACCCCCUAUCCUGUUAUCCUGUCAAUGGAUCAUGUAUACAGAGGAAAUUCAUCAGACCAGCUGAAAAGUAAAGAUGAUAGUUCAAAGAUCAAAAAUGCAAAUGUGAUGCACACUAUUUCUGAGAGUCCAUGUGGACCUAUGUUAUUUCUAGCUGCAGCAAAAUGGAGGAAUAAGGAUAUUUCACUUGUUUCCUUCGAAUACAUAACUCUAAGAUUAGCAGCUUUGCGGCUUGAUCUUGAGGAAGAAGUGAUCUUAAGCUUGUUUGACUUUGCCAGGACUGUAAUUUCAAGAUUACAGAUCAGAACCUUCAAAUAUCCCGGACGUGAACCCCUUUCUGUGAAUAAUCUUUUUGGAAAUAGGGAAAGCAGUCCAGCAUUACCUUCGGUUGGUCCAAUCGGAGCCCCAUGGCAGCAAAUUUACCUCCUAGCAAGAAGAAAGGAGAAAAUAUAUGUUGAAGUAUUUGAUUUAUCUCCUAUCAAGUUGACCUUGAGUUUCUCAAGCACUCCCUGGAUGCAUAGAAAUGUGGGUCUUACAUCACCAGAGUCUCUCAUCCACUUUAGUAGCACUGCUUUCCAGAGAGGCCUUAUGGCUAUUGCUGAUGUUGAGGGUGCACCUGUCUAUCUUCGCCAACUAACUAUUACACAUCAUAUGGCUAGCUGGGAGUCCAUCCAAGAAGUUCUCAUCAGGCACUAUACCCGGCAAUUCCUUCAUGAAAUGUACAAGGUAUUUGGUUCAGCUGGUGUAAUAGGUAAUCCCAUGGGAUUUGCAAGGAAUGUCGGACUGGGCAUUAAGGAAUUUUUCUCAGUUCCCAUUAGGAGCAUUUUCCAGAGUCCUGCUGGAGUAAUUACAAGUAUGGCACAGGGCACAACAAGUCUGCUUAGCAAUACAAUCUAUGCUGUUAGCAAUGCUGCCACCCAGUUCAGUAAAGCUGCACACAAGGGUAUUGUUGCAUUUACAUUUGACGAUCAGUAUGUAGCAAAAAUGGAGAAGCAACAGAAACGUCCAGCUUCACAUAGCAAGGGUGUAUUAAAUGAAUUCCUGGAGGGCCUAACUGGACUUCUCCAGUCACCAAUCAGAGGAGCCGAGAAACAUGGCCUGCCUGGUGUUCUUUCAGGUAUAGCUCUAGGAACUGCAGGAGUUGUAGCACGACCUAUGGCUAGCAUUCUUGAAGUCACCGGAAAAACUGCACAGAGCAUCAGAAACCAAAGCAACCUCUACCAAACCCGCCGAUUUCGUGUCCGUCUUCCAAGACCUCUAUCCAGAGAACUUCCACUGAGGCCCUACUCCUGGGAAGAAGCAAUUGGGACAUCAUUGCUUCUGGAGGCUGGUGAUGGCAAGCUGAAGGAUGAAGUGUUUGUUAAGUGCAAAACACUGAAACAGUCGGGGAACUUUGUUGUAAUCACUGAAAGGCUGAUUUUGGUUGUUAGGUGUUCUAGUUUAAAGGAACUAGGUACACCAGAAUUUUGUGGUGUCGCAGAUCCAGAUUGGGUAAUAGAGACUGAGAUAGGCUUGGAUAGCGUAAUCCAUGCUGAUAGAGAAGAGAAUGUGGUAAAUGUUGUUGGAAGCAGUUCAGAGACUGUGUCAUGGCAGCAACAACUAAAGAGAAGCAGCACAAGGACAAAAAACUGUAGCACUCCCACUAUACUACCACUCUCGCAGACAAGCAUGGAGUUGAUGAGCAAGGAGGACGCUGAGGAUAUAUUACUACUUAUAUUGUCUACUGUCGAACGGGGCAAAGAGCAAGGUUGGGGAAUACAUGUUUUACAUCAAGGUAACGUCAGAUAAAAUGUCUUAAAACUGUAUUGGGAAUGCAUGUUUCUGCGUGAACCAAGUUCCCAUGUGCAUCAGAACUGCUUAUCUGAAUGAACAAAAAGGAAAUGUGUAAUUGUGUAUAUAUAUUUUCAUGUUGUAUAUAACAAGUUCAACCCCCCAUAUAAAUCUUUUAUAUGGAUUUAGUAGUUUAGAAUUGAUUUUGAC